CUCUCUGUACGCACGCAUCUCGCGCCAGGGCCCAAGGUGUCGAGAACCGACCGAAAAUAUCGAGCAGAGAAACGCGAGGCUCAACUCCGUUCAGUUCCGACCUCUCCAGGAUACGAUCAGUCUCUCUUUGGUUUUUCGGAAAUCGUUCAAGAUGAGGCGUUUCGUUCAGUGUUACGUGUACGCUAGCUUCCUGUUGGCCCUGGCCUCGGCAAGGUCCGCCGACACCAAUCCGACGAGCAAUUCCAUCAACGAGCAGACCGCCAGGUCCACUGGGAACAGUAACGUGUUCGGUGAUCUCCGACAGAUGUAUCAGAUUUACAAGGAAUGCGCGGAUGAGGAACUGAGCCCCUGCUUGAAAGUCAGACUGCUCUCAGCCAUAGACAGAGUGUCGAGGAGCAGCCAGUUGAACGUUGCCGACGGUGUCACCUUCGUUCAGGACGAUCCCGUUCCCAUCGCGGAAGAAGAGCCGAAAUCGCUGCAAGAGAUCGAGGCUAGCCUACCGCGAGCUCUGGACGACAAGGAGGACGCGUUGAACACCAUGAUUCUCGACAAGGUCGUCAAGUUCUUCCAGAGCCACACGCUCAAGCUGAAAUUACCGAACGUCGAGGAACUUCAGCGGAGUUUCGUGGAGGAAGGUCGCAGGAAGAAGAACAAAAUGGGCGGACUUCUCGCGAUUCCGCUGCUGAUCGGUGGUACCCUGGUACCCUUGGCUCUGGGAGCAUUGGCCCUGUUGGCCGGCAAGGCUCUGAUCGUCAGCAAGCUCGCCCUGGUGUUAGCCUCGAUCAUCGGUUUGAAGAAGCUGGUGUCCGGGGGCGGCGAUCACGGGCACGAGGUCGUUCAAGUGUCCGGUGGUCACGGAUCCAGCGGAUGGGCGAGAUCGAGCCACGACCUCGCCUAUUCCGCCUACAAACCGUCGUCAACUUAAGAAAAGAACACCGAGAGAGAGACAGAGAAGGAGUCUUUUCAAUCUCGUUGGACUUCGCUUUCACGAGGCAUCGCGAUGAGCCAUCACCGGAUGUCGCUUUCCUUUCCUCUUCGAUCGUUCACCUCCUUCGCCUUCUCGCCCUCGCGCCCCCUUCGACCCUUUCUCUACGCCUUCUCACAACGAUCGCGUCGCCUCUUCCCUCAUCCUUUACCAAAAAAUCGUCGCGAGCGUCCCAUUCGAUUAUCUUCAUCUUCACAGUAUUUAUUAUUCAGCGCGGAGCUGCGUGGCAGCCAUGUAUA